UAAAUACAGGAGUUGACCAUUACAGAGCAUGAGUGUGUGAGAAGCUACCACAUGGUGCUAAUAUCCUGAGUGUGUAGGUGCUGAUCAAUGGCUGCGAGAAGAAAAAUGAAGACUUUAAUAAUACUACUUAGUGCCUCGGCGGGGCUGGUGUCGGGUGCUUGUCGCAGUACCGAGUUCCCGUGUGAUGUUAACCGGUGCUUACCUAAAAGAUGGUUGUGUGAUGGUGACCCAGACUGUCAUGAUGGUUUUGAUGAAGAGCCAGCAAACUGCCCUAACCAAAACAAGACACAGGAGAUUGGAUGUCGCUCCACCCAGUUUGAAUGUGGAAAUGGAAACUGCAUCCCAAAUUUGUGGAAAUGUGAUGGUCAAGAUGACUGUAACGACAACACUGAUGAAUCCUCAGAGGACUGCUCUUCAUGUCGACCUGGGGAAUUCCAGUGUGUGAGUGACAAGCAGUGCAUAUCUGGGUCCUGGCGGUGUAAUGGUGAGGAGGAUUGUUCUGAUGGCUCUGAUGAGGAUUGUGCAGCUGAUAAAACCACAACACUUGGACCCAAUUUGUUCCGCUGUGGAGCUGGAUCCAUGAUUAUUCCUUCCCGAUGGCUCUGUGAUGGAGUUGGAGAUUGUCUUGAUGGUUCUGAUGAGAAGGCUUGUGGUAACUCAACAUCCAAUACCACCACUACCACUCCCAGGCCCACCUGUCGGGAUAAUGAAUUUCAGUGUGGAGAUUACUGUAUCUUGAACAUUAAACUGUGUGAUGGGGAUGAAGAUUGUCCAAAUGGUGAAGAUGAAGAGCCAGCACGAUGCUCACAGUGCCCUGCUACUCAUUUUACUUGUGAAAACAAACAGUGUGUGCGUGGAUAUCUUCGCUGUAAUGGCAGAAAUGAUUGUAGAGAUGGAUCAGAUGAAACCAACUGUCCUACACCACCACCUGCACCUGAAUUGACUAAUACGUCCUGCAAUCUUACAACACAUUUCCUGUGUGCAAAAAACAAGUGCAUCCCUCGUGAUAAACUUUGCAAUAACCAUAAUGACUGUGGUGAUUGGCAGGACGAGUCUGAAGAGGUUUGUGGAACUGAUGAAUGUCAGCGCAACAAUGGUGGCUGUACUCAGCAGUGUGUGGACACAAGAGAAGGCUACUAUUGUCAGUGCCAGAUUGGUUAUCGUCUUCAUGGAAAGUACACAUGUGAAGAUGUUGAUGAAUGUUUGGAGAUUCCUGGAAUUUGCUCUCAAAAAUGCACAAACACGAUGGGUGGGUACCACUGUUCCUGUCUUCUCGGCUACAUGAGAGAUCCAAGAAACUAUACCCGUUGUAAGGCGUCUUCUGGGGAACCAUACCUCCUGUUCUCACACAGACAUGACAUUCGUAGCCUCCGGUUGAGAGACCGUGACAUGACGUCUGUUGUGAGUGAAACUCGAGGAGCCACAGCUCUUGACUACUUGUACAACAGUCAUCAGAUUAUUUGGUCUGAUAAUAAAGAGAACAAGAUCAUAAGAACCAACAUGACCAAUACUGAAGUGCGAGAGGUGUUGGUGGAUGGGGAACAUGUGUCUGCUGACGGUCUGGCAAUAGACUGGAUCCACAAUCACAUCUACUACACUGACUCCAUCAACUUCAGGAUUCAGAUGAUCUCGUGGGAUGCCAAAUGGUCCAAGGCAGUUGUAGAGGAGGAUUUAGGACAGCCCCGAGCUAUUGUUGUCAGUCCACUAGAUGGAUAUAUAUUCUGGACUGACUGGGGCAGCUCGCCCAAGGUUGAGCGUGCUAGACUAGAUGGAGGUGACCGCUCUGCAAUUGUUACUCCUCCACAUGUUUACUGGCCAAAUGGAAUCACAAUCGACCAUUCCAGUAAACACAUUUACUGGUGUGAUGGUAAACUCAACACAAUCAGCAAGUCAAGAUUUGACGGGUCACAAACUGAGGUUAUUCUCUUCUCACCAACUGUACUUCGUCUGCCAUACUCCAUAACAGUGUUUGAAGACCGCUUGUACUGGACAGACUGGUCAAUGCUUGCAUUAUAUAGUGCAGACAAAUUCACUGGGGGAGACAUCCAGAAUGUGUCUGCAGGACAUUUGCUUGAGUCGCCAAAGGUAGUACAUGUGUACCAUGAGAAUCGGCAGCCAAAUGGAGAUAAUGUUUGCUCCUCUCACAUAUGCAGCCACUUAUGUGUACGUAGUCCAGAGGGGAUUCCUCUCUGUUUCUGUCCAGAUGGCCUGGUGCUUUCAACCAGAGAUUCUAUCACCUGUGUUGAGAUUGAUUUGCCACCUGUUGUCAGUCCAACUGAAUACAACAUUGGCAUUCCAGAAGUGGACAGUAUCACAAUAACUCCUCCCGUUCCUGAGAAUGUUGUGAAGGAUGGUCGUACAGACUUCCAUGUUGAUCACCCAGAAGAUAAUCACCCAGAACAUGAUCGCCCUCAAUCUGGAAUGAUCCUUGGUGUUGCUCUUGGAUCUACAGUAGUGCUAGCACUGGCUGCUGCUUUGUUUGUCGGAUGGUGGAAAGUGCGAAAAGGGGUCAUGCCUCACACCCGCUUCCGCUUCCCUAACCCAGUGUAUCGUAAGACAACUGAUGAAGAAAUGGAUGGUGGUGGUUACAUCAUUGGUCAGGAUGAGCUGCUGUACAACCCACAAGGUUAUCACUACAAUGAAGGACCUGAAGCACCUAUAAUAGAUGAUGAUGAUGUUCCCUUGGCACCCAAGAAGUGAGCUUCGAAUGUUAUACAAAGGACACUUUAUCUAGAAACUAAGUCACAGGAUAAAUCGUUAAAGAAGCGAUUAUAUGAGAACUACUGUUCGUGUGGAUUCUUUCAUUAGUUAUUUGAGUGAGUAAGUCUGCUUAUUUUAAAACAAAUAUAUUUUUUAAAACCAGUCAAACUGAAAAGUUUAAUAAGCUGCAAAUAUCAAGGUUACAUUAAGGGUUAGAUAUACAGUAUAGCAGAUUACAUAUCAAGUGAAGACAAACCCUUAAGAAAAUAGGUUUUACAAAAACCAAUAGACCACUAAAGUUUGCAUAACAAUUAGGACAUAAUCAAUACAUUUUAUAGUAUAAGGUGUAUUAGCUACUGAAAAGCUAUUGUGGUGGUCAUGAAGAUCCCAUGUGAUAUUCUCAUAUCUUGUUCUCAGGAUUUGCUUUCAAGAUUGUAAAACAAAUGGUGUUUUCCACUGUUCAUUGGUAAUUCAUGUAAAACACUUUGUCAGGUGUUUUUUUUUAGUUGUUUUGCAUCCAGACAGAAAAGGAAGUUGUGUUCUUUAUAGUGUAAUAGAUUUUUUGUGGUGUAUAGAUGAGGAAUGAGUAAUUAGAUUUUCUUAAUUCAUCCAAUACUUCAUAAUCUCAUAUUUUAUAUUUUUUUAUCAUGGAACUUAAUGUCUUGCAGUUGUGAGAAAUGUUAGUGCAGUUGUAGUACAGUGAUGCUAAAAAAAAAUUCUCAGCAUUUUUAUUUAGGUUGGUGCAUCUGGUAAGUUUAACUGAUAAGGCACUUCCCAUUUUGAUAUACCUUUAUGCAUAAACACAGUUGCCUCUUGAGGAGUGCACAAAAAACAGUUUUCUCCCAAAAAUUUAGCAACUGAUGUGGUUAUCAUAUUUGGGACAAUUGUGGUAAUUUACUUGCUCCUUUCUAUACUUAGAACAAUGGCCCAUUAAGGUGCAUCCUGCAUGCACUAGAAAGUGCAUUUUAUACCAAAUACUGUACAGUAUUAAUAGCUAGCACAUGUGUACUGUAUGUGAUAAUUGCAGUUGUUUAUUUCUUAAAAAAAUGACGAGUAUUUAUUUAAUAUGCAUUAAACUAAAUGGGGAGAAGAAUGGAGGGUAUUUUGAUAUGGAUUAGUGUGCUACUUCUGUCUGUGAUAUAAUUGUAUAGUGUAAAUAGUGUAAAUAGUAUUGUUUCAAGUUAUCAGCUCAGAUUGCAUUAGUUCCUUUGAAGGCUCGACCUAGAGUUGAGAUCGAGUUUUGGGAACUUCCCUCUCUGAUCAUCAAUCAUCCUUGUAGUCAUCUCAUCAACCACUACCUAAGUUUAGUGUCAGUAUAGCUUCUUCCUAGUAUUGAAUAGGUGCCUAUUAUAGUGACUUGUAGCAAAUUUUUUGUUAAAAUGACCACCCAGAAGUAUGUAAGGAACCAUUCCUUGUGUUUUAGACACAUUGUUGUUGAAUAUAAUGCAAUUUGUUUGACAGCACUUAUUUUGUAUGAGGUGUGAAAUCUUUGUAUUUAUUUAUUUUAUAUUUUUGUAUUUAUGUAUAUAGUUGUGCAUUUGUUAUGAACUAAAGCUCAAAUUGUCUUAGAAGUUGUGGUGGAUAGUUGGCAUUAUCCCCAAAUAUCGAUGUUUAUUACAUGAAGAUUCCAAUGUUAUUAGUAAGAUGAGACUUACCCUGGACAGUGUUGAGUUGUACUCGGACACCAGUGUUUUAACUGAAGCCAUUAGUUGAAUAUUGUAUAUUUAUAUACUUCACUAUUUCAAUGGCAACACACUUCGCUCUACUUUUGUAGCAGUGAUAUAUUAUUAAUAAUAAAUUUAAUAAAUA